AGAAUCAAAACAAAAAAGUCUUUAUAAAUAAUUUUUUUCACAAAUCACAUUUCAUUUCAUUGUGGCUCAUUUGUCACAUAAAUUCUCUUGUUGUUGCUGUUCGUUGGUUCUUCAACAUCUUUUUUUUCGUGUCUGUUUUGAAUUUUAUUCAAUUUUCUCACAUCAUCAUUAAUCACCAUUUCUUUUUUUUUGGUUUCAUUUUUUAAAUGUCAACAUCUUGAAGAUACAUAGAGCAGAAUAAUGUCAUCAUCGAAAUCAUCAAUCCAAAUAAUAUUUGAUCAUCUAAAUCAUUUUAUACGAUUCAUGCCAAAUUUAUCGCUAAUAUUAACACCAUUAUUAUUAUUACCAAUAUUGGUUAUCAAUGAACAAUCAACAGAUGAAUUGAAAUGUUUAUAUUUAAUCAUUGUAAUGGCCAUAUUAUGGUCAUUGAAUCCGAUACCAUUACCAAUAACAUCAAUGUUACCGAUUGUAAUGUUACCAUUGUUAGGAUUAGCAACCACAGAAAUUGCAUGCGGUGCAUAUCUUCGUGCAAAUAAUAUGCUAUUUCUUGGCUGUUUAACAUUAGCAUUAGCAAUUGAAAAAUCAAAUUUUCAUCAACGUAUAGCAUUAAAAGUAUUGUCCAGUUGUCAGACACAAUUUCAAUGGAUGUUAUUAGGUUUUAUGAUGACAACAAUGUUUUUUUCUAUGUGGAUCGUAUCCACUGCAACCGUUGCAAUGAUGUUACCGAUUAUGGAUGAAAUAUUUCGCAAUAUUUUUGCAUCAAUCGAUUCAAUACGUAAUGAACAAAAACAGAAUGACCAAAAGACCAAUGGAAACGCUGUCUGUUGUUGUUGCCAUAAUGAUAAUGAUAAUGAUGAUGAUAGAAUUGAUGUAAAAAUCGAUAAUGAUAAUAAUAAAAUUGACAAUUCCGAUGAUGAAGAAGAAUUAAUCAAAUUAAUGGCCCGAAAAGAACAAAUCUGUAAAUUAUUCUAUCUUUGUAUUGCAUAUUCAGCAACAAUCGGUGGUGUCAGCACAUUAACAUCGAAUGGACCAAAUCUUAUUAUGAAAGAUAUUCUAGAAAAUCAUUAUCAUAAUCAAGAUCCAGUUGAUUAUGCAAGCUAUCUAUUAUUUUCAACACCGGUUAGCAUCAUUAUAUGUUUGGCUGUUUGGUUUAUAUUUUCAACAAUUUAUUUCAGAAAUGUAUCAAUAUCCCGAAAACGACAAUUAUUUCUACGUAAACAUAUUACAGAAAAAUAUCAUCGUCUUGGAUCAAUGACUUUUCAUGAAUGGGCCGUUGUUAUUGUAUUCAUUUUUAUGAUUCUAUUAUAUACAUUCUAUAAACCACCAUUAUUACCCGGUUGGUCACAAUUGUUUCCCGUACAACGGACACCAAAAUUAGCAUCAGCAGCUAUAUUAUGUGUAAUAAUUUUGUUUCUAAUACCAAAUCGUCCACAAUGGAAUCCAAAUCUACAACAAGAUGCAUUAUUGGAUUGGCAUACAAUGCAAACAAAAUUAGAAUGGAGUGUACUUAUCAUACGUGGUGGUGGAUUUGCAUUAGCCGAUGCUGUUGAGUCUUCUGGUCUUUCUAAAUUGGUCGGUAUGCAUUUAUCUCGGCUGGGCACCAUUCUACCUGUAUCGACUUUAAUUGGAUUCAUAUCAAUCAUAGCCAAUAUGGUUAUUGAAGUGAUGCGUACAUCCGCUACUGCCAGUAUAAUGAUACCUGUAGCAAUAAAAUUAUCGGAAAAUCUUCAAAUAAAUCCAUUGAAAAUUAUUCUACCAUUAACAGCAUCAUGUGCAUAUGCAUUCAUAUCACCGGUUGGUACUACGUCGAAUACAUUGAUAUUUUAUCAUGCUAAAAUGUCGAUCAAAGAUAUGAUUAUUCCCGGUUUAAUUGCUAAAAUUAUAUCCAUAUCAAUGUUAUUGCUCAAUACAUGGCUUUUUGGUAAUUUUUAUUUUGCCAUCGAUGAUUCAAAUCCAUUAUGGACAUUAAUCAACAACAACAACAUUGAUGAUAAUGAUGAAAUUGUACAAAAUUUUCAUUCAAAUUUCAAUCAUCAUAAUAUGGAUCUCAUCUAUCCAUUGGGUGUAUUCGAUAAUAGUACCACCACCACUACUACAAUCAUCACCACAGAAUAAUAGGUUUUUUUAGAACAAUUUUAAUUUCAAUUUUGUGAUCAUCAUCUAUUCAUUCAUUCAUUCAUUCAUCGUGCCGCAUCAUGAUAAAUUGACAACAAAAUAAAACAUGAUAAUUGAAUCAUAAUAAACUUUUAUAUGCACACACGUCGUACAUACAUAA